UGCUGUUAUGGAAAUAUGUGAUCAGAUGUCCUAAGAAGGCUUUUCCUUUAAAAGCCCUGUCGGUAAUCGUGAAAUUUCUCCAGUUCGCUUGAAACAGACCGCUUCGUGGUGGAGUGUAAAUGUUUGUGCACCCCUGCUGAAUAUAAUCGUCCAGAAAUGAGUGGGAAUUAGUGUACGACAGAGGAUUCCCUCGGCGGUUUCGGAAGAGUGAUUGCAUUGGGUGCAAAGUUGCAAUUUUCAAUGGAAAGGGCUGAUCACCGCCAACUGAACUCAUUUGUUGUGACUUGGGCUCUCAAGAUCUGCAAAAUGUCCAAACGCCGUGCUUCGGAACGAGGGGUUGGAGAGUCAUCCGGCAGACCCAGCAAGCUCCUCUGUCCUGGGAUAUCAGGCAACAAUGCUAAAAGAGCUGGUCCCUUUGUUUUAGGCCCACGGCUGGGAAACUCUCCUGUGCAGAGUAUAGUGCAAUGUCUAGCCAGAAAGGAUGGGACGGAUGAUUUCUAUCAGCUAAAGAUACUGACCCUGGAAGAGCGUGGGGACACUGCAGGAGAGACGCAGGAAGAAAGGCAGGGCAAAAUGCUGCUGCAUACAGAGUACUCUUUACUGUCACUGCUCUCUAACCAAGAGGGAGUGGUGCACCACCAUGGCCUCUUCCAGGACCGCUCCUGUGAGAUUGUGGAGGACAUGGAGGCCAACAAAGUGCGAAAGAUGAAGAGGCGAAUAUGUCUGGUGCUCGACUGCCUCUGUGCCCACGACUUCAGCGACAAAACGGCUGACCUCAUCAACCUGCAGCAUUACGUCAUCAAAGAGAAGCGACUGAGCGAGCGUGAGGCUAUCGUCAUUUUCUACGAUGUAGUGAGAGUGGUGGAAGCAUUACAUAAGAAGAAUAUCGUCCAUCGAGACUUGAAGCUUGGAAACAUGGUGCUUAAUAAAAGGACUCAUCGGAUCACCAUCACAAACUUUUGUCUUGGCAAGCAUUUGGUGAGUGAGGAAGAUCUGUUAAAGGACCAGAGAGGCAGUCCAGCCUACAUCAGCCCAGAUGUCUUGAGUGGUCGACCAUACCGUGGUAAGCCCAGCGAUAUGUGGGCACUCGGCGUGGUGCUGUUCACCAUGCUCUAUGGCCAGUUUCCAUUCUACGACAGCAUACCUCAAGAACUCUUCCGCAAGAUCAAAGCAGCAGAGUACUCUAUUCCUGAGGAUGGGCGGGUGUCUGAAAGUACAGUAUGCUUGAUUAGGAAGCUUUUGGUGCUCGACCCACAGCAGAGGCUUACCGCCACUGAGGUGCUGGAGUCACUGAGCGGCAUCAUCGCCUCCUGGCAAUCUGUGUCUUCACUGAGUGGCCCUCUACAAGUUGUGCCAGACAUAGAUGAUCAGCUUAACCACCCCGAACAUCUUCAGGAGGCGAAAAUGACAGAGGAGUCAUCUCAGUAUGAAUUUGAGAACUACAUGAGGCAGCAGCUGUUGUUGGCGGAAGAGAAGAACACUAUCCACGAGACCAAGAACUUCCUCAGCAAGAGGCAUUUCGGUAAUGUGCCUCCAGUGAGGCGCCUCGGCCGCGACGCUCAACCUAUCAGUCCUCUGGAUGCCGCAAUACUGGCCCAACGCUUCCUCCGGAAGUAGCGCCGCCGCUCUGCCUGUGGGAGUGGAGCGUGCCACAGAACUGGGCACACACUUGUAUGUUUGCGUGAGAGUAUGUGUGCGUGUGUUUGAGAGCGCACAGUGUGAGUCUGGCAGACACAUGGUCCAAGGAAUAGCUCACCAUUCUGUUUCUCUAUUCAUCCGCCCAGGACACAAACUCUGCCUUUGGGUGGCACAUGGGACUCUGAUGAGACACUGACCACCACCACCACCUCCAUGCCAGUCCUUGCCCAAAUCUGACACACACACACAUACACACAUUUUCAGCAAUACCCAAACAGAAUCAUGUAGCAAACCACACACAACCCUCCAAUCCUCGUCUCCCCUUCACUCAACCUCUCCCUCAGCACUUUCAAUGGGAAUGCCGCGGAUCCAUGAUCAACCCCCUCGUUCUGUCCCCGUCACUUCCUGUUCACCUCAACCAGUCUGUAUCACUCCCAUAUGUAUCUAUGAAUGCAAAUCUACCUCUUACCAUUUUUAUCUCUCUCUCUCUCUCUCUCUCUCUCUCUCUCUCUCUCUCUUUCUCUCUCUUUCCUCCUCUUUUAGUCCAUUUUUAACUAUGCUCUCAGUUCUUUUGAAAGCAGGACUCAUUAUGUUUGGGGAGACAAGCACAGGCUCAAAAGCAUUAGCAUUGUGGUUAUGUAACUAUUCUGUGUGUCAAACCAAUGAUUGGUUUUUCCUCACAAUCCAAAUAAGCUUUUUUAUUUCUCUUCAUACUAAAAUGGUAGCAUUUUACAUAAGAUUAUUAUUUUUGUUUCCAUUUGAAGUAUCACAAUUUAGCAAGCUAUAACCUUAUAUUAAUGAAAUCAUAGCAGAAAAGUUCCUGUCCUCUAUUUGAAUGGGUUUCUCUUGGCAGCUAGCAUCACAAAUUACUCUGUCUGGAUGCCUACAACCAAAACCAUAACUUUGCAUCCAAACCGGCCGAUAUGGUACGUUGUUCUCUUAUCAAAGGCAGCAAAAUGCUCAAGGCCUCAAUUUCCUUUGUAUUUAUCCAAUCAAAGCACCUGAUAUGCCACUACAGUGGAGUGGUAUUGUUGUAAAUUUAGUGUGUCACACUAGGGCUUGUCAUAGGGUUGUGCUUGGAAAAAGAGAAGGGAUGGGACAGCUGGUGAUGGGAUGAAACUGUCAGGAAGCAGGGUGGCUGAGCCGGCAGUCAUGCGGAAGUCUAAGCCAAGAUAAACCCUUAAGCCCUCCUUUCCCUUUGCGUCCUUCUGUCUUGAGCGCUCACUCUCUGAUAGCAUGCCAAGCCAUCAAAGUGCAUCUUCUGCUAUGUCCUGUAUCUCCGGUGCUUUUGUUCCCCACACAGAUUUCAGCUGCAGCUCAGGGAUAGAGAAUUGGCCGCUUGGGAACGUUUUUGGCCUCAGUGAUACAAAGAAACCCAUUGUAUGUAGGACUCUUUAAAUAAUUUCUUUCCCCCCAACUGCCCCUCAUUUCCAUGUAUGGUUUUUAAAGGGGUAGGCUGCCAAGAAGAAAAUUUCUGUCGUUUAUUCACACUAAAGUUGUUCCAAACCUGUAUGACAACAUAAGGGUGAGUAAAUAAUGACAUAAUAUUUGGGUGAACUAUCCCUUUGUAUGAUUCAAGAUCAUCAGGAAGUAAAUGCCAUCAAACUCACUCGCUUAGUCUGUUGCUUGCAUAAUAUAGCGUGUGAGAAUAUUGCAUAGGAAACAUAUAUUCUCAUAAUCUAGUUUGACAGUUUUCCAAUCCCAUUUUAAGCUACCCAUGUGUGUAUAAAAGCAUAUCUUUGGGAUAUCUUGCCUUAGAUUAUUGACCGAUUCACAAUUCUACAUUGAGCAGAAAAUAUGUACUUUUGAUGCUAGAAUAUAUGUUAGUAUAAUAGGCAGUUGGCUUGCAUCGACCUGUGGACCUGUGGCUUUAGUUUGCAAUACCUUUUAUGUCUGGCUCAACUCGUGUCAUUAGAUGAAAAGGGUCAUUCAGUACUGUAGGUCUCAUGACUAGCAGCUUGGCUCAUCCUUUUAAGCUCUUUCAUUUCAUUUUCAGAAGAAGUAGAGCCUGAUAGUUCUUUACCUUUCUGUGACUUUUAAUUUAUUUGCUGUUUAUAAUUCAUCCACCUCUGUCUUUUUCAAAGCUCUGUUGCCGUGGUAAAUGUAGAGAUCAUAUGUCACUCAAAAGCAUUGCUGUGAUCUCUUUGUUUAUUUUUCUUCUAUCUUCAGUGAAGGUUUUGUUUUCUUGGCUCUCUGUACCUUUUUUUUAUUCUUGAAUAAUUCUGUUGGUAUAUUAAGCUACACUAAUGAGACUGACUUUGCAUAGCUCUAUUUUUAAGUCAACUAAAUUAUCGUGCACAUUAGCAUGACAUGUAGAAUCGAUGUAGAGUUUAUCUUGUGGGGUAAGAAUGAUACCGCACUCUGGCCAGUGUGAAUAACAUCACGAUGAAUGGAGUCAGUAAUGCAAAACCCAGUACAGGGUAUUGUUAUUGUUUUGAAGAAUCACACCAAUGUUUCCACAUUAGAACUUAUUUAAAGUGAUGUUGCCUGCCACCAUUGAAAGCAUUAGUCUUUUCCCACCUCAAUGUGAAUAUAUUUGGUUGAAAAGCAGUAUUGUAGAGGAUGACGUGUGAAUUGUCAGAGGGGGACUUUUGCAAGCGAAUUAAAGUCCUUCUCUCAAAUUUAAAAUAGGAGUGCCUGAAGGCAAUAUCCUGGGCCAUGUAGUUUUCACAAAAGCCAUUAUCUCAUAGCAAAUCUGUACGGUUGCAAUAUGAAUGCUGUUGACGUGGUUGUGUAGUCUGUGCCCGAAACCUAAAUGGAAGAAUUGAGUUAGAAUGUCUCUGUUUUAUAUGCCCCCUACUCAAGUAAUUGAAAACAGUUGCCCCCUUGCAUAGACAGUUUUGUGAUGUCCAAAUUCCGUCGGCAGCAUGAGAAGUGUACAUAGUUGAGCUCUGUAUACGUUAAGCAAUUAGUGCAUGAUUCUAAUUAGUGCCACAAGAUGCGGCAGGAAUUGCAAUGGUUGUGGGUGUUGCAUAUGACUUUCAGGACAAAACAAAUACAGAAAGACGCUGCAAGGGAAGAAACUAACAAUUAAGCUUGUCAGUUUUCAGUUGUCUUUUCUCUUUAGGCCACUUUGUGCAGAUAUUUGAUAAAUUUAGAGAUUUCUCUUUAGAAUUGUUGCUUUUUUGCAUCUUUAAUUAAAACUGGAAAAUUUUACAGAUCUGGUGUACAAUGAAACAUGAUGAAACAACUCAAUAGGCUAAACAUUUGGUGUUGUAAGCUGCUUGAUUAGAAAGGUGUUAAAGAAAAAAUGGGUAAUUGUACAGAUGAAAACAAAUUUGUAUAAAAGACAUAUUUUUGUACUUCAUCAAAUCUCUACAUGCAUGUCAGCAAUAAACUUUGAUAUGGAAAAAUAUUGUCUCCAUGUGUAGUGCUAACAAUUUUUUUUUUUCAAUAAAAUUAACCUGAAUGAAAGUUAUUUCUCA